AUGGAAGGCUUAGGCAAAACAACCCUUGUAAAACAAGUCUAUGAUGCUGCAAUGGUGAAGAAUCAUUUUAACAGCCAUGCUUGGCUCACUGUUUCUGAGUCAAUCAGGGUUGAGGAUCUCCUGAAGGACAUGAUUCAACAACUCUUCAGUGAAAUCAUGCAACUAGUCCCUUUUGGAGUUGAAAUUAUGAGCAUCAAUAAGCUGAAAUGCCUGGAUAAAGAUUUUCUACAACAAAGGAGAUAUGUGGUAGUUUUUGAUGACAUACUAUGCAAUAGACUAAUUCGACUUUGGACAGCAGAAGGAUUUGUGAAUGCUACUAACGAAAAGACAAUAGAAGAAGUUGUAGAGAGUUGCCUCAAUGAGCUAUUCAAUAGGAGCCUGGUUCAAGUGGCACGGAGAGGUUUCAGUGGAAAGCCUUAUAGUUUCCAUAUUCACAACCUGAUGUGUGAAAUUAUACUUUUAAAGGCGAUAGAGAAAAACAUUGUGCAAGGGCUCAAGGUGGCCAGAAAAAGUUCACUGCCUAUUGAUCGAAAGCACAUCGGAAAAUAUAGAAUAUAG